UCCCACUGCUCCGGAACUCCGAACUAGAAAUGGAUAAAAGCUUAGAAUUUGGUGCUUUCACGCAGAAAUUCCUCAUACGUCCUUCACCGACUCCAUCUCCGCAGACCCUUCCUUUAAAUGGUUUAACUUUCGCUGUCAAAGAAAUAUUUGAUGUGGAAGGAUAUGUUACUGGGUUUGGUAAUCCGGACUGGAUAAGAACUCAUUCAGUUGCAACAUCAACAGCUCCGGCGGUUUUGAGUCUCUUGUCAGGUGGUGCUACAUGUGUUGGUACAACUGUCAUGGAUGAGAUGGCUUACAGUAUAAAUGGAGAAAACGUACAUUAUGGAACACCCAUUAACCCAUGUGCUCGAGAUCGGGUACCUGGAGGAUCUUCCAGUGGUUCUGCCGUGGCUGUUGCUGCUGAGCUAGUGGAUUUUUCAUUAGGUACUGAUACAGGAGGUAGUGUAAGAGUACCUGCAUCAUAUUGUGGAAUUUUGGGGUUUCGACCUUCACAUGGAGUUGUUUCCAAAGAUGGUGUUAUUCCAAUGGCACAAAGCUUUGAUACCGUCGGAUGGUUUGCUAGGGAUCCUAAAAUAUUAAACCGUGUGGGACGGGUAAUACUGCAGUUACCUGAUGUUGCACCUGUUCGACCUAGUCAUUUUGUUAUUCCUGAUGACUGUUUUCAGCUUCUGAAUAUCCCAAGUAAUCGACUUACUGAAACCGUAAUUGGAUCCGUUAAGAAGUUAUUUGGGUCCCAUGUUUUGCAGCAUAAAAAUCUAGGUGAAUAUGUUGAAGAGAGAGUUCCAAGUUUGGAACAAUUUAUGGAUAAAAGUAACAAACACCAAGGAUAUAUACCAUCUUUGAUAGCACUUUCAGCUGCCAUGAGGUCUCUUCAGAGGUUUGAGUUCAAAAAUAACCACAAAGACUGGGUAACCAAUGUCAAGCCUCACUUAGGCCCUGGAAUAUCAGAACGUGUUUGGGAGGCCAUGCGGUCAACAGAUGACAACAUCGAACCCUGUCACUUGGUGAAAUCUGAAAUUCAUGGAGCUCUUACUGCACUUCUUGAGGAUUCUGGGGUCCUUGUGAUCCCUACAGUUCCUGGACCUCCUCCUAAACUACUAACUGAAGGGGGUACACUGGAAACUUUUCGGGUUAGAGCUUUUAGCUUGCUGUCUAUUGCUGGAGUGUCUGGGUUUUGCCAGGUGAGCCUACCACUUGGAAGAUAUGACAACCUUCCAGUGUCUAUUUCUUUGAUCGCAAAACAUGGAGCAGAUGGGUUUCUUCUGAAUUUAGUUGAAACCCUUUAUGGUACUCUCAAGGAACAAGUUGAAAUUGCUGAGAAAUCUGGUUAGCAGGGUCAAAACCCUGUAUAACAUGUACUAUUAACUGCAAGUCAUAUAAUAAGAUAGACGGCCUUUCUCAUCAUGUUGUAUAUUACUGAAACAACUAGUAGUAUUAAUUGGAAAUAAAACGGUGAAGACACAAUAUUUGUUUCCUCUUUUAGUUCCAGCAAAUUAUACCUAGCUACCCAUCCUGUUCUUAACUGCUUAUAGUCUGUACUAUGAAGUAAAAUAGUUGAUCUAAAUAUACAUUCGAUAUAAUUUUCUGCAGUA